AUGAUCCCCAAGCUGAGGUUCAAUGCGGCGCUGAUAGCUAUAUGGGGGUUGCUGCUCAUAUGCCACAUCCUGCAACUGUACUGGAAGCAAUACUGGUUCAGCAUAGCUUUUAUAUGUGCUGCCAUCUUGGAAGUCCUGGGUUACAUUGGGCGUACUGCGUCCCAUUUUAACGUUUACAACAUAGAUAUGUUUUUAUUACAGAUUAUAUGCCUGACGAUCGCCCCGGUGUUCACCAUGGGUGGUAUAUAUUACCAAUUGGCCAAACUUAUAGAGAUUUACGGCCAUAGGUUCUCGCUCUUGCCAUCGCCAAUGGCUUAUUCCUACAUUUUCAUAUUUAGCGAUGUGGUGUCCUUGGCAAUCCAGGCCGCGGGUGGUGGUACCUCGGGUGUGGCUGUUAAUGAAGGUACCUCUACAAAGAAAGGUGACAGGAUAUUCGAAGCUGGGAUUGCCAUUCAGCUUGCCUCCAUGAUUAUUUUCUUAGGUCUUUGGUUGCAUUUCCUAUACAUGAUCUACAUCAAAGUUAGACUUGAAUACACUGGCGAACGUAGAUUUAGAUUUUCCAUGCUCAAGAUACCACAGGAGAAGUUAGACCAUCUAUACAGAGAGAAGUAUAGUGACCUUAGAAUAAAUCCAAAAAGAUUUGUUUUCCAUCAUUUUAACUUAGCUCUAACCGCUACUGUUUUACUGGUCAUUGUUCGUUGUUGCUACCGUCUCGCUGAAUUACACCAAGGCUGGAGAGGAUUCUUGAUUACUCACGAAUGGUACUUCAUCAUCCUCGAUUCCCUGAUGGUGACACUGGCUACCGUGAUAAUGACUAUAUUCCAUCCGGGAUUUGCUUUCAAGGGCAGACAUCUGUCUAUCCCAGUUACGCAUGGUCGUGUGGAUCCCGAAACUGUGGAAUCAACCGAUAGCCACAUUCUAUCCGAAUCCACAGAUAGUAUGGAAAAAGAUGAGAAUGAAAAGGUAGCUGUACCAGAGAUUGUACCAGACACUGACGACAUUGAAAAACGUCCGUUUUAUAAGAAAGUACCGAAGAUGUCAUUUAGCAUUCCAUUCAGAAAGAAAUAA